CAAACCCACCUGUUUCCAUCCAUCACUCCUCCAUUUACUCUUCCUCUCUACCUCAUCUCAUCUUCUUCUUUUCUUCCUCCCCCAAAACUCAAAACCUCUUCUUCACCUAAAAAAACCCUCAACAAAAAACUCAAAUUCAUUUCAAUUUUUCAUAUCAAAUCAUGGGUUCUUUGAUGUUAAACGGAAACAGCAGUAAUCUUCACAGCAACACCCAUUUAUACGAUUUACCGGAUGCAAUCCUCUCGACUGUAUUCUCACUAGUCCAAGACACCCGAACAAGAAACUCCAUGUCUUUGGUUUGCAAGAAAUGGUGUUGUCUUGAAAGAAGUACAAGAAUUUCACUAACCCUUCGUGGUAAUGUUCGUGAUUUGUUCAUGAUACCGAAUUGUUUCAAAUCAGUAACAAAUCUUGAUUUAUCACUGUUAUCACCAUGGGGACAUUCAUUUCUCGAUUCAUCGCCUUAUCCGUCUCUGUUACCUCAUCUUCUCCGGCAAGCUUUUCCGGUGGUUACUAAUUUGACUAUAUAUUCUCGCAAUCCGUCGACGCUUCAGUAUCUUGCACCGGAAUGGCCGAAUCUGAGCCAUGUCAAGCUCGUCCGUUGGCAUCAGCGGUCGCCGUCGCCGCUCGGUUCAGAUUUCUUGCCGUUGUUCCAGACGUGUGCGUCUUUGAAUUCGCUUGAUCUGUCGAAUUUCUACUGUUGGACUGAAGAUCUGCCACAGGCUUUACAGGCUUAUCCGGUUGUUUCGUCUUCGUUGACGAAACUAGAUCUGCUUACUUGUUCUUCAGCUGAAGGGUUUAAAUCUCAUGAAUUGUUGGCUAUUUCAGUGGCUUGUCCUAAUUUGAGACAUUUGCUGGCUGGUUGUAUGUUUGAUCCCAGGUACAUUGAUUUUGUUGGUGAUGAUGCUUUACAGGGUGUUGCUACUAAUUGUCCUAAGCUAACGCAUCUUCAUCUUGUGGAUACUUCUUCGCUUUCGAAUGUCAGGGUGGAUCCUGAACAUGAUGGGUAUACUGCUGAAGAUGCUAGGAUUAGUCCUCUGACACUUGAACAGGUUUUUACUGGACUCCCUUUGCUUGAAGAUUGUGUUCUUGAUGUUUGUCAUAAUGUUAGAAACCCUGGGGUUGCAUUGGAGGUUUUGAAUUCGAAAUGCAAGAGAUUGAAAUCUUUGAAAUUAGGACAGUUUCAUGAGAUCUGUAGAGCUGUGGAGCAUAAAUUAGAUGGGAUUGCUUUGUGCCAGGGCUUGGAAACCUUGUGUAUAAGGAAUUCUGCUGAUCUGAAUGAUUCCGGUAUGAUGGCGAUAUCUAGAGGUUGCCAGAAAUUAGUCAAGUUUGAAAUUACUGGUUGUAAGAUGGUGACGGAGACUGGGUUGAGGAAUUUAGUUGGUAUGCUUCGGAAAACGUUGGUUGAUGUCAAGAUUUCAUCUUGUAAGAAUAUUGAUGCUGCUUGUGCACUAUGGGCAUUAGAACCAAUUCAAGAUAAAAUUCAGAGGCUUCAUAUUGACUGUAUCUGGGAAGAAGAAUCUGAAGAACAAGUUGUCAAUGGUGGUGGUAAUCUAGCUGAGGAAUGCAGGGGGGGUUAUUCAUCGACAAAAAUGACUUUGGAUUGCAAUGGAGAAGGAAACAGCAAGACAGAGCUUAAGUACACUAAUGGUGAAGAAUGCAGUGGGGGUAAUUCAUCGUUGAAAAGGAGUUUGAAUUGCGAUGAUGGAGGAGGAAACAAGAAGAAGAAGCUUAAGUACACUAAUGAGAACUAUUGGGAAAGAAGUUGGAGUAGAUUGAAGUACCUCUCACUUUGGAUUGCUGUUGGAGAUCUGUUGACUCCACUCAUUUCUGCAGGCCUCGAAGAUUGCCCUAGUUUGGAAGAGAUCGUUAUAAGAGUCGAAGGAGAUUGUAGAAGACGAGGGAGACCAAAAGAAGCAGCAUUCGGGUUGGCUUCCCUUGCGCAAUUUCCGCAGCUGGUGAAAAUGAAGUUAGACUGUGGAGAUACAAUUGGGUAUGCACUAACAGCUCCAACGGGACAAAUGGAUUUGAGUUUAUGGGAAAGAUUUUACCUGAAUGGAAUCAGCUACUUGAAUUUGAACGAACUGGAUUACUGGCCACCACAGGAUAGAGAUGUCAAUCAGAGAAGUCUAUCGCUUCCUGCAGCUGGAUUGUUACAAGAGUGUGCAACUAUAAGGAAGCUUUUCAUUCAUGGAACUGCUCAUGAACAUUGGUUGAGUUUUCUUCUUAGAAUUGCAAAUCUCAGAGAUGUGCAGUUGAGAGAAGAUUACUAUCCGGCACCAGAAGAUGAUAUGAGUACAGAAAUGAGAGUCCAUUCAUGUAGCCGGUUUGAAGAUGCAUUGAACGCCCGCAGGAUCCUCGACUAAUAUGUGACAGAUUGAUUUAUAUGUGUCUGAUUGAUUUCUUGCUCGGCUUUACUUUGUAUCUUUUCUGUUUCUUUCUUUUGCCUCCACAUUGUAUGCGAACUGGAUCAAAAUACCUGUUUAGAGUUUCGAGUUUAAUAACUCUUUGUUUCCCCGGUUAUUUUAACAUUCAUAGAGUUGAGGAAUCUUGUAUUUUUCUACUGUUUUUUGAAGUCACAGCUUUGCCAUGAGAUUAUUCGAAAACUUGAGGCUGAAAAUUUGAUGAUAAAUGAUAAUUAUUUGUUUAUGCAA